AUGUCUACGGAUUUCUAUUAUCGAAAGUUAAUGGGAAAUGGAACGGUGGCAUCCAAAUUCAGGCUAAACGUCAACCAAUCAGACGUGCGCAAGUCUCUGAAAGGCGAUCCCGAGAAUCUUCCUUUGUUCCUGGAGCCGUCAUUUGAGACCAGUGGGACCCAUCACCUGUCCAACUGCGUGAGAUGCUAUCGACUCAAGAAAAAGUGCUCUAGAACUUACCCUCGGUGCUCAUAUUGCACCAAAACAGGGUCACAGUGUGACUACGUGGACAGACGUAACAAGCGGCGCAAAAAGGAACUGGAAGAAGGCGAUUCAGACCCGCUGGAACCGUCUUCAUCGGUGUCCAUCGCAUCUUUGGUCCAUCGGGAUGAUAAUGAGGAGCUGUUCCGCCAUAUCGAUCUUCCAGCGACUUCUAAUGGAACCACUGUGGUCAGAAGUAAUGUGGGCAGUCAAACUGCAGCCAAAGCCGAUCGCAACGGUCACGACAGUGCAGCUAGGAAUGGUGUUUUUGGGUCCUUGCAUAGUCGCAUGCUCAGGUCGCCGACUCUGGAUGUUAAUCGCCAAAACUUACAAGACCAGUUUUUAGUGGUUCGUGCAAUCGAGGACGAGUCGCUUCCGCUGGUGUUUGUUCAUACAUUUUUCGCCAACUAUGAGUGGAAGUAUCCUUUCCUCAACCUGGUUCUGUUUUUGGAGAAGUUCAAGAGCAUCUCCUUCAAGAACGAUACCUUUGUCAAUAUGGAUGUUUAUUUGGUCAUGGCGGUAGGCUGUAUACUCUAUGACUCCAAUAACAACACUCAGUACUCCCAGGACUUUUUCAGUGUCAAGCUCAUCGAGUCGAUCGUGGAUGUCAUCAGCUACGACAUUCGGUCCGAGGAAGACUUGCACACCGCACAUUUGCUUAUUCUAUUGUGUAUCUAUGCUAUUAAUGUCAGUAAUGGCAACCUCGUCUGGAACGUGGUUGGCUUCUUGAACAGGCUUCUUAUCUUUCUUACGGACUUCACAGGAAAGAAUAACCAAUGCAUGCGCAAGCGCUGCUUCUGGACCAUCUUCAAUCUAGAUAAGGAGCUUUCGCUAUUGCUAGACAAGCCAAGUCAGUUUAUGCCGACUCAGAUCAUCAAGCUAGAAUCGACAUUUGGAGAUACUUUACACACUGGAGAGAAAGACUCGCUCGCUUCUCUUAUGGAGCAAUCUGUGUCCAUCCACCUCUUGCAAGAUCGAAUGAUCUCACUCAAGUUGGGACUUUCAGAAAAACUGGCAGAAGCACUUACACAGUAUUCCAGUGACUUGGACAAAUGGAGAGUGGCUAUCCUGCUGUUGAUUCAUAAGGAGUAUGCUGAACUGCCACUACUUCAGAACUUUAUUGGUUUGAUACACUUGGACUUUUAUUAUUUGCUCAUAGAGCUUGACCAAGUGUCGUCGACGAAAUCAUUCCAGUUCACUCUUCAGUUCUUAUCCAAUUCAUUCAGUUUGUUGUUGAACGAGCUGACGGGCAAGAAAGGAGUAGUGGGGACGUCGUUGUAUUCGUUAUUCUGGUUCAAGAAGUUUUUCAAGGUGGUCGAUUUUAAUAUCGAGUCUCUCUUGAGGAUUUUGCGUGACAACCUCACGCUGGCUGAAUUGAGUACACUGUUGGCGGAGUUCAACAGCAACUUGCAGUUGAUUAUCAAUCUCCUAAAAUUUCUUGUCGAUAGCAGGCAUCGGCCAGAACAAUAUUUGGAGAAACUUAAUGGGAGUGUUACGAAGUUGACGCUUUUGAACACCAAACUCAUGGGAUUCAAUUCGUUUGCUGCUACUCGUGAGGAGUUAGAUGCGUUGGUCAAGGAGGUUGAAGCAAUUAUAGGGUAG